AUGAAAAAACUGGACCCCAGAUUACUAGGCACCUCAUCUAAUGUUAAUGAAAGGUGGUCAGGAAGUUCGUCUAGGCGGAGUGAGCUAGCUGCAGCCCGGAAGAGACUCAUAAAUUUAAGUAACUACUAUGGGACGUUGGAAACGCAUAGCCACUCCUCAUCUAAGUCUGAGGAUCUUCUGGAGUCACUAGCCAACCUCUGCAGCGGUGAUAACGUAAAUAAAACAUUCGCACAGCUGAUAUCUAAUAAGCAGAAGUGCCUAGAGCUUAAAGAAGCGUCAAUAUACUUCCCCGUCUCAGAGAUGCUUCAAUUAAUUCAUAUAGAAAAUACGCAGCAUACUAGCAAUGUCCGUAACGAAGCCCGGGAGCUGCUGAAGAAGCACUCUCCGCAGGACGUUAUUCUUUCCUGCUGGACUGGCCUCCUGAAUCUUCUCCUAUCCAAAGAGCACACUCCCAGUGGAUAUCCAGAGCCAGCAUUCGGCUCUAACUUCUCCACAUACGUAUCUGAGGAUCUCUGUGCAGCCGAUCACGACUCCACAAACUUCUCGGAUCAGUGCUUCGACGGCUGGACAGACUUGCUUCAAAUUCUGGGAGAGGUCGACCAGAUCUAUAUUCGUAUAGAUAUGCACGGCGAACCUGAAUUGGCACAAAGCAUACCAGGCCUGCCUACCGUCCUAGAAAACGUAGCGCUUACUCUCACGGACGUCCUCUGCACAAAGAUCCAGGAUCGUGAUAAUGAAAUGCACUGUCUCCUCAAUCUGAUAGUAUACGACAUCUCGCUAAACUACUCUCCGAUCCAGCACAACGGCAUCCUUCAGGGCAUUCGGACUCUCUUGCUCAUAGACUGCAGAAAGGACGAGGUAGACGACGACACGCACUACGAUUUUUUCUCUUAUCCAAACAUAGAAACCUUUGGUCUUCUUAACUCGACAAUACCGCUGGCAUUAGUCAAAUGUCUUGAAGGCUCCACGCCGCCAAUAGUAAGAGCAGGCGCGUCUUCGCAAUACACGCAGACAGGGAUCAAGCGCCUCUGGCUCAACGAGUCAAUCAUAUGCGGAGAUGUACGUUCCGAUGAGGAGCCUCUCACACGAGCAAAAUUAGCACUACACUAUCUGCUGACUUCUGUAACAAAUCUCACCCUUUCCCGUCAACUGCGUGACUUGUGUCUACCGGCAGACCUUCCUCUGGAAGCCUACGAGUUCCUCCUUGACCACGGUAUAUCGGGGAUUCUUUUCAUGAACCUCAGGAAUCUGACUAUACAUAAGCUCAAUCAGCCAGUAAGCCUUGCAACGUAUAUACCAGACCAGACGAAGGGGCGAGCUAAUCUUGAAACCUUCUACGCUAGCCGCCUCCAAUCGAAUAACACAACCGUCGCGGAAUUCUUGGCCAGCUCUAACCUUGAAGGAUUGCUAAUUGACCCCUACCCUGCUCUUACCUUUAAUUCUGAGGAACAGAACAGGUACCAGGGGGCUCUUUCUUUGUUUGCACGCAAAGCAACGGCGUCGACUAUCCGUCAAGAUGCUUGUUUCUCUUCUCAAUCCAUCCACCAACGAUGCAUAACCUCCGCUGCAGCGCGGUGCAUUCCUAAUACAGAGUUCUCUGCAGACGAGCUGAUGAUGCUCGACAGAAGGGUUCCGGCCAAGUGCGGCAUACUGCUUUGCGGUGCAUUAGAGACAGAUGUAGCUCUUAGCAUAGCGACUUCUUUGUCUUAUCUUCUAAUUCCUUACGAGGCAGGCAAACUGGACUACUCUCCCACCUGUCGCCUGGUGACAGAAACACUGGUCAGACUACACGCCCUAAGUUUGCAAUUCAGUAAUGACUGUUAUACUUGCAAAUCACAGGUGUUAUGUUACACUCCUUUUGCUCAUGUAACACGAAUAGUAGACCCAAAUCACGAAAGACUGAAGCACAUGCGUGCGAUUCUUACGACUUAUACAUCAGGGACCCCUGGGCCCGAAAUCGGAGAUCCAGUCAAUGAAGCUUUGGCAAAUCUUUGCCUUGAUACAUUGGAACACUGUUUGAAAUUUCGCGAAAGAGACGAUCUGGAUUUCAGCUGUAGAAGCCAGGGAACGGACUCUAAAACUGGCCCUACCAUCACCCUUGUUGCCGGCUCGGGGAGUGUCCACACCAUUGUUGCGCUUACCCUGGUCAUCUUGCUAGAGAUGGGCUUUGCAGGACCAAUGUCCAUUGACUUGCGUCCAGGCAUCCUUCUCGCGAGUAUGCGUAAUUCACAAAACUAUAUUGAGAAGUAUCUUUCCCAGAUAGCGUUGUUUCCAUUUAUCAAAAAAAUAGCUCUUCCGGCGGACGCCACGAUGCUUCGCUUGAACAACGCCUCUCGGAAGUUUGUGGUUUUUGAUGAGGACAACAAUGAAAAGCCUUUUGCAACGCAGGUCCAUGGAGCUAGGCGGAUUUUCAAAAGGUAG